UCUCUCUCUCUCUCUUCUCUCUCUCUCUCUCUCUGAAUACAAUGAGGGGGCACGAUUGGAUAAAUUCAAUGUUACCAGAUGAGUUGAUCCUGGAGAUCUUCCGCAACCUCGAUUCGAAGUCGAGCCGGGAUGCGUGCUCUCUCGUCUGCCGGCGUUGGUUGACCCUCGAGCGCUUCAGCCGCGACACGAUCCGAAUCGGUGCCUCUGGUAGCCCGGAUGCACUCGUUGACCUUCUCGCUCGUCGUUUUCCUAAUGUCACCAACGUUUACAUCGACGAACGCCUCUCUGUCUCUCUCCCCGUCGAUUUCGGAAGAAGGCGCAAUCCUAGUCACUCGGCUCUUUCAUGGCUCAGGCUUCAUUUUGUAUCUGAGAGAAGUGAGCCUGGAGCUAGUGAAUCAGAUUCAUAUUGUAUAUCAGAUGCUGGCUUGACAGCUGUUGCAGAUGGAUUUAUGAAACUUGAGAAACUGAGCCUCAUAUGGUGCUCCAAUGCCACAAGUGCAGGCCUCAGAUCUGUAGCUGAGAAGUGUAGAUUUUUAAAAUCUUUAGAUUUACAGGGUUGCUAUGUUGGAGAUCAAGGUCUAGUGGCUAUUGGCAAGUGUUGCAGACAACUAGAAAUUCUAAAUUUAAGAUUUUGUGAAGGUUUAACCGACACUGGUCUGGUUGAGUUAGCCUUAGGAUGUGGGAAUACUCUAAAAUGGCUGGGUGUUGCUGCAUGUGCUAAAAUAACAGACAUUUCAUUAGAAGCUGUUGGAUCUCAUUGCAGUUCUCUUGAGACAUUAUCUUUAGACUCUGAGUUUGUUCACAACAAAGGGGUCCUUGCUGUUGCAAAAGGGUGUUCUCUUUUGAAGAAUCUGAGUCUUCAAUGCAUUAAUGUCACAGAUGAGGCUUUGACUGCUGUUGGUGUCUUUUGUUUGUCACUGGAGUCUUUGGCUCUCUACAGUUUCCAGAGAUUUACCGAUAAGAGUCUUUGUGCCAUUGGAAAGGGAUGUAAAAAGUUAAAGAGUUUGAUGCUUAGUGACUGCUAUUUCCUGAGUGACAAGGGGUUAGAAGCAGUUGCAGCUGGUUGCCUUGAGCUUGCACAUCUUGAAGUCAAUGGUUGCCACAAUAUUGGCACUUAUGGGCUUGAAAGCAUCGGAAGAUCUUGCAUGCGUCUUACAGAGUUAGCUUUGCUAUAUUGUCAAAAAGUAGGAGAUGAAGCCUUAUCUGAGGUUGGAAAAGGAUGCAAGUAUUUGGAAGCUCUUCACUUGGUGGAUUGCUCAAUCAUUGGGGAUGAGGCCAUAUACAGUAUAGCUAUGGGAUGUAGGAAUUUGAAAAGGCUUCAUAUACGCAGAUGUUACGAGGUUGGGAGCAAAGGAAUUAUAGCUGUUGGUGAAAACUGUAAAUACCUUACAGAUCUCAGCAUUCGGUUUUGCGAUAGGGUAGGAGAUGAAGCUCUGGUUGCUAUUGGGAAAGGCUGCCCCUCUUUACGUCACUUAAAUGUCAGUGGGUGCCACCAAAUUGGAGACAAUGGAAUAAUAGCCAUUGCCAGAGGUUGCCCUCAACUAAGUUAUUUGGAUGUCAGCGUGCUUCAGAAUUUGCGUGACAUGGCUUUAGCGGAGGUGGGUGAAGGGUGCCCUUUACUAAAAGACAUAGUCCUCUCACAUUGUCGUCAAAUUACGGAUGUGGGUCUCUCCCAUCUUGUCAAAAGGUGCAAACUCCUCGAAUCCUGCCACAUGGUAUACUGCCCGGGUAUCACUGCAGCCGGGGUCGCAACCGUAAUUUCCACCUGCACCAAUAUGAAGAAGGUUCUAAUCGAGAAGGCAAAGGUCAGCGAGCGCACUCAAAGGCGGGCAGGCUCCGUCAUCUCCUACCUUUGUGUUGAUCUCUAGUUCGGGCAGGUACUCAUGUUUGACCGCUUUUACAUGUAUACCUUCUUUGUUCUUUUUUUUUUUCAGACUGUUUAUUUACAUACAUGGAGCAUAUGUUAAGUAGUUGGAAGAGUGUUGCCAUUUUAUUUCGUAUUUUGUGUAGCGUGUUGUAAUAAGGUGAUCCCAGUGU